CUCCCCCCCUUCGCCGCUCCGCUUCGACUUUGCUUCCUGUUUUCUCUCCCCACGGUGGAGUGGAGAUCCGAAAGAAGCAUUCCUGGACCCAGGGGACAGAAUCCAGCGGAGGCGUGACCACUGGACUAGCAUGUUGAGAGCCUUGGCCAGCACUUUCCCGCACUCCAAGCAAGCCGCCAGCCGCCUCAUCCGGAUGAACAGCACCGGUGCCACGGCGCGGGGGACCCUCGCCGACAAGGUGGCCUUGGUGACCGCCUCCACCGAGGGAAUUGGCUUCGCCAUUGCCCAGCGUCUGGCCCAGGACGGCGCGCAUGUGGUGGUGAGCAGUCGAAAACAAGCCAACGUGGACCGGGCUGUGGCCGAGCUCCGAGCGAAGGAUCUGAGCGUGUCGGGGUUGGUGUGCCAUGUGGGGAAGGCCGAAGACAGGCAGCAUCUCAUCGAUACGGCCCUUGAGCGCCACGGAGGAAUUGAUAUCUUGGUAUCCAAUGCAGCCGUGAACCCCUUUUUCGGCAGUACUCUUGAUGCUACUGAAGACGUCUGGGACAAAAUCCUGGAUAUCAACGUCAAAGCCACGGCCCUGCUGAUCAAACUGGUUGUACCUCACAUGGCGAAGAGGGGAGGCGGCUCCAUCGUUAUCGUCUCGUCCAUCGCUGCGUAUUCCCCGUUUCCGGGCUUGGGACCCUAUAACGUCAGCAAGACGGCUCUUCUGGGCCUCACCCGCACCCUGGCAACCGAACUGGCCCCCAGCAAUGUCCGCAUCAACAAUCUGGCGCCCGGCCUGAUCCGCACCAAGUUCAGCUCAGUGCUCUGGCAGGACAAAGCCAUGGAGGACAAGUUGAUGGAGACCAUGAGGAUUCAGAGGCUCGGUGUCCCGUCUGACUGUUCUGGAAUAGUUUCCUUCCUGUGUUCCCCGGAUGCCAGCUAUAUCACCGGAGAGACCAUGGUGGUCGCAGGAGGCUCUCCAUCCCGUCUCUGAUGGGGGUCUACCCUGCCUUCUUGCCUGACUAUAUGGAUGGACAGAGGGAUUGUGGCUGAAUGCCCUCCCCUACCCCAGGGACACGACAGAGGGACAUUGGUGCGGAAGGGUAUCAUAGUGACCAACAGACAUCUGUGUAGUUUGCUGAGAUGCUUGGUUUGGGUAUGGGGUGUGGCUCCCCUGAGAAGAGGUGAUGGGGCAAGACGGAGAGGUCCCUCCAAGAAGAUAUAAAGGGGUCGGGCAGAGGGGAAUACGUGUGCGUCAGGCUGAAUUUCAGUGACCCCUUUACACACCAAGAGAAUAUGCAUGCCUUCCAGGUCCAUUGGGAAGAGCUCGGCUCGUGGGGUUCUUCUUUCAAUGGGGGCAGAGCCAAACCCAUCAAAUUGUUAGCUGGCUACUUGCUGCUGGUAGAGGGGGGAGCUUUGGGGAAGGGGGAAUAGGGCAUUAAUUGGAUAGCGAGGGGAGCAAUUGGGGGUGAGGUUAUGGAUUUUUCCACGGAAAAACAGGUGCCGAAAGUUUUUUGGGGGUGCAGGUGCGCCUGCAGUAAUAGCAUCUCUAUGUCAUUUCUCAGUGCCUUCUAAUUUGGACGAAAAUAAAGGUGUGUCUCUGACUGAAA